AUGUCGGGGAAUAAUAUUAAGGUCGUCUGCCGGUUCCGGCCUAUGAAUCGUCUCGAGAGGGAGCAACGUUCGGAAGAAUGUAUCACCAUAAAUGAUGACAAUACAACGGUGUACAUGAAGAACUCUACGGCUCUUGCUGGCCCAGAGAAGGAGGGCUUCUCGUUUGAUCGAGUCUUCGGCACAGAGACGGAGCAAGAAGAGAUCUUCGACUGGGGUGUAAAGGGCAUUGUUGAAGAUGUCAUGACGGGUUUCAAUGGUACUCUGUUCUGUUAUGGGCAGACUGGAUCCGGGAAAACCUAUACUAUGAUGGGCUCAGACAUCGCCAACCCUGAUUUGAGAGGACUGAUUCCCCGAAUCAUCGAGCACAUUUUCGACUCCAUCAUGGUGGCCGAUGUGAGCAUUGAGUAUACUGUCAAAGUCAACUACAUGGAGAUUUACAUGGAACGAAUCAAAGAUCUCUUGGCUCCGCAAAAUGACAAUUUAUCCAUUCACGAAGACAAAGCCAGAGGUGUUUAUGUCAAAGGCUUGACAGACGUGUAUGUUGGUUCAGAAGUCGAGGUCUUCAAAGUCAUGCAGGCCGGUGGGGCGAGUAGGGUUGUCGCUGCUACAAAUAUGAACGAACAAUCAUCGCGGUCUCAUUCCAUCUUAGUCGUCAGCAUCCAUCAGCGUAAUACAGAAACCGGCAGUCAGAAGAACGGGAAUUUAUAUUUGGUAGAUCUUGCUGGUUCAGAGAAGGUCGGUAAGACAGGUGCAACAGGUCAAACGCUGGAAGAAGCCAAGAAAAUCAACAAGAGCUUGUCAGCGCUCGGAAUGGUCAUCAAUUCUUUGACGGAUGGCAAAUCUAGUCAUGUGCCAUACCGAGAUUCCAAGCUCACCAGGAUACUACAAGAAUCUCUCGGCGGAAACAGUCGCACAACGCUCAUCAUCAACUGCUCUCCUGCCUCGUAUAACGAGCCAGAGACACUUUCGACCCUACGAUUCGGUAUGCGGGCCAAGUCGAUCAAGAACAAAGCUCGGGUUAACGUGGAGAUGUCCCCAGCAGAACUCAAGGCGUUACUUAAGAAAACGGUAGCCGAGCUUGCUGUGGUUCGGGAGCAUGCCGCCAGUCUGGAAGAGGAGAUUAAAGUCUGGCGUUCUGGAGGCAAGGUCGACCCUGGUUCAUGGGCCCAGUCUCUUACGCAGGCGACAACAACAAGCACCCCCAUAGCCCCAUCUCGCAGACCUACUAAUCUAGCUGGAACCGCGACCCCAAGCUCUCGGUCCGGUACGCCUGCAGGGCUGCUAAGCCCAGGAUUCGACAGUCGACCAGACACUCCGACCGUCUACAACAUUGGCGCGUUGGACAAGGACGAGCGAGAAGAAUUUUUGAAACGAGAAAAUGAAUUGAGCGAUCAGCUUGCAGAGAAAGAGUCCAUGAUUGCCAACCACGAGAAGCUCAUCUCGGAUCUAAAAGAGGAAUUAGCUUACCAUCGUGAGCAGGAAAACAACAUGGAUGCUGAGAGCAAGAACAUGGCGAAAGAGUUGAGCGAGUUACGAAUCUCCGCCGGACGUUUCGAGUCAGAAGCCAAAGACGCCCAGAUCAAUAUUGAUAGUUACAAGGAAAAGCUAGCCGAGUUACAGAAAGAUAUGGACGAGCAGAAAGCGCAUAUUGAAGAGUUGAAGAAGGCGCAGACGAGAGAAAAGGAAGAGGAGAAAGAGAAACGGAAGCAGGAAAUGUUGAAUGAGAUGAUGUCAAAGAUCGAUAUGGGUGGUGCGCUUGAUUCGGCAAGUGAGAAGCUCAGACAAGUGCUGAGGGAUAUCGAAACUAGUGGGAAUGAGCUUGGGUCUCAGACGAAGGACCUCAUUCGGACUCAUCUUGCAGAAAACCAAGACCUCGUCAGGGAUCUACAGGAACGUUUGAGAGCAGCACAAGAAGAAGCCGACCUUCAGUCAAAGAGACGGGUUGAGGUGGAGAAGGCACUUUCUAAACGUGAGGCUGCACAUGAGGAAUUACUUGCGUCUAAACAGUCUAUUCUCAUUGAAGACGUCAAGGGGCAAUAUGAAGCUAAGCAUCGUGCUCAAGAAGAACUACUACGUGGGGAGAUUGCCUCGUUGUCCCAACAGCAAGAUAGCAAGAACGCGGAGAUGAGACGUUUACAGAGUACGAUAGAAAGUUAUAAACUGUCAAAUGAGGAACUCAACAGAGCUCUCACACGUGCUGCCGCUGGAAGUGCAGAUGGAGAAAGCUUUGCGAGUUCGACUCAAGAGCUCGAGAGGAGCAGAAAAGCAGCCGAGGUGCAAUGGGCAGAGUUUGAAGUUGUAAAGCGGAGUUUGAUGAAGGAUUUGCAGAACCGGUGUGAGAAGGUAGUCGAACUUGAGAUGCAACUUGACGAAGUUCGCGAACAAUAUAAAGUCAUCGCACGAUCCGCCAACUCUCGAGCUCAACAACGUAAACUCGAAUUUAUCGAAUACAACCUUGAAGCUCUCAAUAGUGUACAGAAACAAUUGGUGGAACAGAAUUCCACUCUCAAGAAGGAAGUGGCGGUAGCGGAGAGGAAACUCAUGACUCGAAAUGACAGGAUUCAGAACUUGGAAGUUUUGUUGAAUUCCGCAGAGGCGAGAUUGGCUCAGAAGGAUCAAAAGAGGGAUCAACAGAUGCAAAUGUUGAGGGAGAGGUUACUUGAGGCUCAAGCACAAGCGAAACAACCAUCUUCCUAUGUCCACGGUAGGAUCGCUAAACCUCUUCGUGGAGGUGGUGGACAAUCCAUCCAUCAACCCCUUUACCCUUCUCUCAGUUCUGCCAACCCACUUCAGAGGGUACAACAAGAAGAGACGGCUAGUGGUAAACGACAAUCAUGGUUUUUCUCUUCUUCAGGGAAAUGA